UAAUUACUUGCCAGUGCUCAGUGAUUUCCAAAGAUCUCCAACGGGGAGGGGGACUGUUUUGUUUACUAACAGUCCUCCUCCCUGUCAGCUCGGACACACUGCUCUGGAUGACUGUGCACAACAGAGCCAUCCAGAGUUGUGUGAUUACAGUGAAUGUACUUACAGUGGAAAGCACACACACAGCACACAAUUAACCAUUUGAUCACCACACAUGUUAACCCCUUCCUGCCCAGUGUCAUUAGUACAGUGUCAGUGCUUUUAUUAGCACUGAUCACUGUAUUGGUGUCACUGGGGAUGUCAUUGACACCAAGUCAGUUCCCCCCAGUGCCAGAAUGUCCACUGCAGUCCCACUAUAAGUCGCUG